AUGGAAUACACUUCGGAACAAUUGAACUAUUUUAGAUUCUGUUACAUCACCUUCAAGUUAGUUCCGGAAGGGCUUCGAACUGUCUUCAAACAAGAGUGGGAUUUCCUUUACAAGGCAACGCCGUUUGGGGAAUGGAAGGACACCCCACAAAAUGGCCUCGAUUUCUGCAACAAAGAAUCAAGAAAAAGCCGCGCAAGAAAUGCGCGACUUUUAGCGACAAUACGAAGGGGAAACACGGCAGAGUGGGACUGUAGUUGUCUAUUUUUUGCAAUAUUAUACUCGGAUACUGUUGGCAGUACACUGAGUCCGGGAACAAGAAAAGAAGUUGACGAUCUUCGGCAAGUUCGAAACGACGUCGCUGGCAUAAAUGUGGCCCAACUUACCGAUGCUCAAUUCGAUAAUUAUGUUGGAAGAGUAUUAGCUUCUUUCACGUCAUUAUCCCUUCCAAUUAAUGAAGUUCAAGAUAUUAAAAACGAGGCCGACUAUCCCACAGCCGAACUAAAUACUUUGAAAGUACAGGUAGAUAACCUUAAAGCUGACUUACAAACGAAAGACCAAGAAGCCAAAAAUUUAGCCUCAGAAUUACAGUCGAAGAUGAAAGAACUUACCCUAACUCAUGAAAUCAAUUCCAAAGUCGAGUCUUUUUGUACUCUUACAUUGAAGCCAUCACAUCCAAUCAUCAGACGAGUAAACGAUGUCACAAGAAUCACGAAAAAACUUGACGAACUGCAAAAUGAAAGCAAAGGAGCCAUCAGUAUCGUUUAUUUAUCAGGGCUUCCGGGUUGUGGCAAAAGUCAAAUCGCACGGCAAGUGGGUAAGGAGAUCUUUGACAAGAGGUUACGUGAAGGCGAAGACCUAACAUUUGUUGCAACCCUAAAUGCAGAAACACUAGAUUCACUUGCAGAGUCCUAUAAUAGUCUGGCCAGACAUUUAGGGAUUACAGUGUACGCUUUGACUAAGCUCGGGUCUUCGAGAAACCUCCGUGAAAGAAUCGAGUAUCUAAAGGCAUUAAUUUUUUCUAAGACAAAACAAUUCUCAAACUGGCUCAUAAUUGUAGAUAAUGUUGUCGACCUAUCUUCGGUUCGCGAUGAUCUGCCAGCUAGCGGUACGAAGGAAUUGGGUCAUGGCCAGGUGUUAAUAACUACUCAAGAUAUCAGUUCAAUACCAGUCAAUGCUCCUCUUACUUACCAUGAGUCUCUCAGCAAAGGAAUGCAUCCAGAUGAAGCAGUGAACCUAUUACGACACCUAUCCAACAUCCAGAAUCAAGAAGAGGCUGAAAAGGUUGCUGAGGUUCUUGACUAUCAGCCACUUGCUUUAGUAGACGCUGCCUUUUAUGUGCGAACCGCUGUGGUCAAUGGUUCUCCAAACUACAGUUGGGCAAACUACCUUAAAAAAUUUCGCCGCCGCGGAUUGGAUGUGAUAGGUGCGUAUCCAGAGAGUCAAAAGCCACUAGUUCCAAGUGAGAUUAAAGCACGUGGGCGAAAAGCAAUGCUGGCCUACAAAAAUGCUUUGGAGACUGGAAAAGUUAAGGUAUACCGUGCACGAAUCAUGUUCAUAGGUCAAGAUCGAGCAGGCAAGACUAGUUUGAAAAACUCUUUCUUAGGUCUACCAUUCGAUCGGGAGCAGCAGAGUACUGACGGAAUUGAAAUGGACCCGUCAAAAUUCGAAGUCGUCGUUGAUCAAGUAAGCAACUGGAAACGCACUGAUGAAAAACAAGGUGUGUCUAAAUUUUUGCACAAACUUGUGAGAAUGGUAGCUGGAAAACUCGAACAUGAAGAAAUAGAGGUGGAUCCAGCUCAGGAGAAAACAGUGAGUCAGGUUAGUGUCUUCAAAUAAAGACUUAAAAACAAGCCAUAGAUAUCGACCAAAGGCUGGUUUUUACUAAUGACGGAGUCGGAGUUGGGGUCAUAAUCGGAAAUGUAGAACUUUACGAUCUAGUGAAAACAGCGUUCUGAUUCUGCUUACGACUCCGUCGUUUACGAUCAAGUGAAAACUAGGUUGUCGGAGUCGCAAGCAGAAGCGGAAGAACUGAACCAGUCAUAAAGCGUGGGAACGUGCAUUGUGAUGGAUUUAUCCUUCCUCUUCUGCUUCCCACUCUGACAAUCUGGUUUUCACUAGAUCGGGGUCAUAAGCGGAGUCGCGAGAAAAUGGAGACGUUCCGAUUCUUCCAACUCCGAUUCUGUCGCGCUUAUAACUCUGCUUACGACUCCGAUUUUUUAUAUUCACUGACUCAUAUAAGCACUUUUACGACUCCGCUCCGACUGGUAAAAACCAGCCUUAACAGAAACGAAAUGAUAGGUUUCUAACAUAUUAAGGUGUUUCGAUACAGUUUUUCAGAGGCCAUACCGAUAUUUUUCAAUCGCCUUAAAAGUGUUUUAUUCCUUGUCCGAUCACCAUAAAAUUUUCACCAGUAAUUGGCGUUGGAUUGAAAUUUGUAAAAAUGUAGUUUUAAGUAAAAUCGAUAUUACUAUGACAACAAUAAACAAACAAAAUGGAAAUUGAUAAAAGCCGAAUUUUGCGCAAUCUAGACCCGCUACUAAAACUCCAACACUAGGAUCUUACAGUUUGGUGAUUAGCAAAUAACCUCCGCGAGAAGUAAAAAAUUCUGUAUGUUUGAAUUCAAAUAAAACGUAAAUAUAUUUCAAACCUCGUAUUUUCAAUAGCCGAGAUAAAUUAUUUAAUAAAAAAGUUUAAAAUAACUUAAGUUAAUCUUGAGUAGCUUCAGAAUGUUGCUUAAUAUCAUAUUUCGAUGCUAGGAAAGUUUGGUGUAUUUUCAUUCUUGCGAUCUUAAAAAACCAACCUGCUUUCUCAACACCUGUCUAAGCGCAACUAUAUUCUAAAUCUUGACUUUUAGCGCUUUUUUGUAUAUCUCUGAAACUACUCGAACGAAUUCUUUUAAAAUCAAAUCCCAUAAUCUUCAUGAUGUGUGUAAUAAUGUCUGAAACUUUCAUUAAGAUUGAUUCACUUUAACAUUUUGAAAUUUCAAGACGAACCUAGCCUACGAGCCGGCCAAAAAUCUGCGUUACAAAUUCACUGUUUUGACGUUAUGCUAAUGUUUUCUAAUUAAUGCGCACGGUACAUACCUCCAUGACCAGUACAUUUCAGUGUGAAUUUUAUUGCAUCUCAUUAAAUGAUAACAUUUUCGCUUUUGACUUCUCAAUUUUUCACCCGCUGUUUGACGUUCCUCUAAAACUACAUGCAAAGGAAACGAAACAAAAAAAGGAAACAGUUACUAGUAAGGCUCUUAUUGACGUCUGUUCUCAAAGAAAUUGAUUAUUCUUGUGAGGAUGUUUUUGUUCUUUGUUACACGUGGAGCCUUUAAUCCAUUUGGUGGAAUUGCCAAAAGACCCAAAAGUCCUCUUGUUCCAUGUUUAGCAAAUACUUCAUUGAGUUGCUGUAGACCAAUUCCUGCCUUCGCCAACUUUUCUUUUAUUCCCUUAGAGACAGGCAGAUCUUGAAGGGAAAUUACUGUCCUGCGUAUAACAGAUCGUUUGGAAAUGUCAUUUUUCACCUCUUCCACGGUACGUAGAUUGCCAUAUUUCACGAAAUUCUCACCAGGAAUCACAGCUAACAAAACCUCUGACAAGGCCUUACAAUCCCCAAGCGCAUCAUGCGCAUCAAAGUCUUUAGCGAAGAGGCUAUUAUACAAACUCGGAAGACUCGAGCUUCGGCUUUCUUUGCCUUUUCCUUUUAACUCAUUUAAACUCGCAAGGACUUUCAAACUGUCUAAGAAAAGAACUCCCAGAUCUUCUAACCUCUGAAGAAGGGAAUGCUUUGCCAAUGAAUUAACUAAAACUGGGAAGUCAAAACCAUCCCCGUUGUGGGCAAUGAGCACCAUUGUGGAGCCACUCGAUGCCUUCUUUAUUUGUUCUAAAAAUGUAACAAAAUUAUGAACGGCUUGUUCUUCGGAAAUGUCAGAAACUACGACGUUGCCUUUAAGAAGGACCUUCUUUCCACCAGAGUAAGUAGUGGACAGUUUAUUCACUUUUGUUGCAUGAGCCGAUACGUUAUUGUCGGGAACAGCGUAGGUACUGAAAGAAGAAUGAUUAUCUGCAACAGAAACACAAGCGAUUUGUAUUAUUUCACUGUCGCGUUUCAAGCUUGUCGUCUCCAGGUCGACGGAAAAACAGGAGAAUACGCCGUCUUUUUCAACUGUCUUAGACUCUCUUGACGAGGAUUCAAUAUCAAGGUUACUGCAUAUCUCGUCUAUCUCCUGUUGCGACAUACUUUUCUGUAACCCAUCGAUAAUCCCUUUCGUUACAGUCUUUCCCUCUUCAGUUACUCCAAUACCAGUUCCAUGCGUGCUUCCCUCGUUUCCUACUAGUCGUUCCUUCUUUCUAAUUUUCAUCUUCUUCAGUUCCUUCCUCCUUCUCUUCACCCCGGGUUCCUUUUUACGUUCUUGUUCCCUCUUUCGUUUUUUCGAUUGCCUUGAUACAAACACUGAGGUUACCUUUGACUCUUCUAAUCCAAGGGCUUUCGUGGUCUGGGUCAGAUAUCCAUAGCCCUCAUUGAACUGACACACCCCUGACGCCACACGGAAAUUUAGGCUCUCUGAACUUCCGUAGUGUCUUAUUUUGGGAGCCUUAGUUCCUACGAUUCCAUUAAUACAUUCAUUUGCCUGGCUUGAGCCACAAUUCGCAAGCUUUUCACACCAUUCGUCUGUUUGAAAUGGUUUUACCGCACUUUCUAUUGCAGCUCGAAGGUUUUCAUCUGACAACGGCUUCCCUCCUGGCAAAUCUUUAAACUUGUAGUUGGACGGAUCUUUGAGAGCGCCACACCAGCUUACGUCACAUUUGCAAUGAUCGCCAAAUGCGUGGCACACCAAGGAGUUUAGCCCUUGCUUUAUCUUCUCUGGUUCUCCUUGUUUAGUUGAAAUGCAAUAUGCAAACAACUUUAGAAAAUAAUUAAUAAUUACGGAAGUGAGACCCUUAACAGUCUUUUGUGCACUGUACAACCGACUUCCCAGUGUCCUGGUUGCAUGGUUUUUGUCCGUUUUCUUCGCCGUCUCGUAAUUAACUCGACAUUUGACAUGACUUUCCGUUGUUGCGUCUUCGUCACCGGUGUAAGAAGAAUACUUAAGACCAUGAUUUGUAGCAUUGUUGAAGCAUGCCACCGCUAUUUCAGGCUCCAUAGACUUUGAAGAGCCGCUGUGAUUUUUUCUGCAGUUAUGCGACACUGCGUUUGAUUCACCAGCAAUCUCACAUUUGCGGCAACGUGUAGAUCUGACGCCAUAGUCAAGAACUUUUCCGGUGGACUCUCCAAUCACUGUCCCAAACCCUGUUAUCGAAUCUCGUGCCUUUCCGCGCUUCUGCCACGCCCCGUCAUAUGCCACUGAUAUAAGUGCGUCCCCAUUGCUGUCUACCAUGUCAGAUUCUGCCUUCUCCUUCGCCCUGUAACGUGCGCAACUUUCCUGACAGACACUCUCAAUGGCUGAUCCAACUUCACGCUCCCUUGCUUUGAAUUUCGCACUGGUCAUUGCGCCAACCCCAAGUAUAGAUAAAUCGGCUUUCAGGUGACUGUGCCCCUGACCAGUGUGAAUCAUUGCCAAUGCUGCCCUUGAAUUCAAUGUGACUGUUUUAGGGCCUCUUCUCCCCGUUCUGUGAGAAUGGUAUGGCUUGAUCUUGUUCUCUUCUUUGCAAUCCUUGCACUUAACAUGCAAAACCACACCAAGUCCUAUACGCAUGGGUGUCUUGCAUAUGUCGUCGAGUGAUAAUGGUCCAGCAUGGCACUUUUGGCACUGCCUUAAUCCUUCACCUAAUAAUUUUAGAUUAACGAUGUAAUUUUCGUCUAAUUCUGGUAAAGUUUGAGAACGUGCAGAGCGAAGUUCCAUGCUCUCUUGGCUCGAUGGUUGUUGUGAGCUUCUUGGCCCGGCUUUCUUCCAACGCUUAGCUCUGAGAGCUCGUAAGCACCUUCUUCUGUAUUCCAGCAUUUGAUAACUUUUUGUUUCUCCUGAUGUCACCUUCCUGUUUUUUUCUUCAACAAACUUAUCAUGACGACUUUCUCUAGCAAUAUUUCUGGCAAACUGUUGCCUUUUCCUUUGCAAAUACUUUCUUACCGCAGGCAUUUUGAAAACACCAACCGAAGAAGAAAAACAUGCGGCUUAAUUUUUUACGAAAUAUUCUGUCACACUGAAAUGUACUGGUCAUGGAGGUAUGUACCGUGCGCAUUAAUUAGCAAACAUUGCCAUAACGUCAAAACAGUGAAUUUGUAACGCAGAUUUUUGGCCAGCUCGUAGGCUAGGUUCGUCUUGAAAUUUCAAGGUGUUAGAGUGAAUCAAUCUUAAUGAAAGUUUCAGACAUUAUUACAUACAUUAUGAAGAUUAUGGGAUUUGAUUUUAAAAAAAUUCGUUCGAGUAGUUACAGAGAUAUACAAAAAAGCGCUAAAAGUCAAGAUUUAAAAUAAAGUUGCGCUUAGACAGGUGUUGAGAAAGCAGGUUGUUUUUCAAGAUCGCAAGAAAGAAAAUACACCAAACUUUCCUAGUAUCGAAAUAUGAUGUUUAGCAACAUUCCGACGCUACUUAAGAUUAACUUAAGUUAUUUUGAACUUUUUUAUUAAAUAAUUUAUCUCGGCUAUUGAAAAUACGAGAUUUGAAAUAUAUUUACGUUUUAUUUGAAUUCAAACAUACAGAAUUUUUUACUUCUCGCGGAGGUUAUUUGCUAACCACCAAACUGUAAGAUCCUAGUGUUAGAUUUUUAGUAGCGGGUCUAGAUUGCGCAAAAUUCGGCUUUUAUCAAUUUCCAUUUUGUUUGUUUAUUGUUGUCAUAGUAAUAUCGAUUUUACUUAAAACUACAUUUUUACAAAUUUCAAUCCAACACCAAUUACUGGUGAAAAUUUUAUGGUGAUCGGACAAGGAAUAAAACAUUUUUAAGGCGAUUGAAAAAUAUCGGUAUGGCCUCUGAAAAACUGUAUCGAAACACCUUAAACACGAGAAAGAAUGUUUGUUUUUUCAACGGCCGAAUCAAUAAGGCGUGGCUGCCGAUGUAGAGAUAGUUGGAAUUGACAAACAUUCUGCCAAGUCCUUUUUGUGAAGCUUUUCAAAUUAUAACCAUAAGCUACUCAAAAUAAUAAAAACAAGAGAGGUGUUGACGGAUUUUUUCCGGCUCAGUUAUUUCCGCCUCAAUGAUUGUAUGAGGGCUCACUAGUUACUCCGUUACGACUUUUAGGGGAAAAUGUGAACGUUGAUGUCCGUCUUAUAUUGUUUUUUCUGUCGCAUAAAUAGAGUGCGUCAAAUUCUCACUAACGGGUAUAGGUCUCUCGUAAACGUAGUUUACAUUUCUUAAAUUAGCUGUCUUUGGAAAAAGACCUUUAUGGUCACAAACAUCAUUUUUGGGAUACAACAUCUGGAGUGGUCUCUUUACUGCUCAAAGUAAUCCUGAGACAAUCUGAGAAGCGUCAUUAUAAAAAUGUAAGAAAGUAAUGUGUUAUUUCUCAUUUUACCCAAUCUUUUAGUCACCAGAAAAGCAGAUGGAUCCAAAACGUCAAGUUAAACUGGCAGAGGAUAAAUCUCAACUAACACAGGUCAGUGGCCACUUCCCUCGAAUUAACUUUACCGUUAAAUGUAAGAAACUUUUAUUUGAACAGCGCGGAAGCUGGAAGCUUGUGCUGUCGUAACCUGAGAUCAGGCUCAAUUUUCGUUUCGCUCUGUAAUAACAUUCCGGAGGGCAAGGCGAAACGAAAACAGAGCCUGAUACAAACCUUCUACGAAACGUCUUCCGCCCACUUUUUUGAUUGGUUGACAUUUGCUGAAUCAGCCAACCAAAAUAACUUCCGUUGCUAGUUUUUCUAGUAUGCAAAUUUUUCAUGCGUAGAAACAAUACAGACUGGCUGACUCAGGCUGACUUUAAAAAUAGCUUUUAUCUUUUAAUUUUUUUAGCUAAAAAUAAAACAUUCAACGCAAUCACAUUUAACUUCUUGCGAGAUUAAAGGAGAACUCGAAGGUUAUUUCUGUUGGCGUAGAAGGUAAAAAGUUUUCGAAAAGACGGCGACACGAUGUUCUACUAGUUUUUUGAUUUGCACUCGUUUGUUGGUAAGUCAAAAGGCACCUUGUUAGCGGUCAACAACUUGCAGAGGGAUUCAACUCCGCGAUAGACUCACAUUAGUUCCGUAAAUAAAGCAAAUCCUGAGAAGAUAUGAACAACCACAUGAAUUUUCUGACUUUCCAUGGCACAUAUUAAGGCAUAUUUUCCUACCAUAAGACCAUAAAACAAUAAAAAAGACAGCAAAAUCGAUCCUUCUGUCCGCCCACGGCGGAUCAUUCCCGCAAACAACAACGCCAAACAACGCAAGGACUAAGCGCUUUCAACUUCCGGCGUUUCCGAUAGCCAAUCAGAUCUUGUAGCAUUGUUGUAACAGCCAAUCAGCGUUACGGCCAAAAUCUGGCCGUAACGAGCACAAACGUGAGAGAGUUUGUAUCAGGCCCAAAGAGAACCGCUAAAAUUGGGCCUGAUCUCAGGUUAGUGCUGUCGUGUAAUAUAGCCCCCAGGGAUUUUUUUUUCUCGAAUGUUACAAUAUUGUUGUUUUGAUCCUUUGAAGUAUACCGUAAAAUUCCGAAAAUAAGCCCCUCAAAAUAUAAGCCCCCCAAACCGGUAACGCCAAAACCCCCCGUUAAAUCGCCCCUUCAAAUAUAAGCCCCCCGGGGGCUUGUACUUGGAAAAUUGUCCUAAAAUACAAAGUAAAACAAAGUAAAAACGGUAAAUUUACUUCCAACUAUAUGGCUAGCUCAAUCGAUUUCGAAACGCAAAUUUCCCUCCGUAGAUAAGCCCCUCCGAAUAUAAGCCCCUCCAAAAAUAAGCCCCUCAAAAAGGGCCUUUGAAAAAUAUAAGCCCCGGGGUUUAUUUUCGGAAUUUUACGGUAAUUUAGUAGAACGAUAAAGGGUUGAAGGGAUCGAUCACUGAAGGCUGAUUGUUCGAUAAUAAUUGGUAACAACCAUGAUAUGUUCUGUGAUGCUAUAGCGAAGCAUAAUAACAUAUAACAGUCUCCAAACUCCCGAAGAAGCUGACAUGAUUAAAACCAUUCCACAAUAUAAGAAUUUCAAAAUGGACACAAAAAAAACAAGCCCAUGGAGCAUGUGCGAAACGGAAGGCGGCUGACCUGGAGUCCUCUUCACUGUAUUGUUUCCACGCGUCAUUCACUCCGGUUUUCUCAGUUUAGAGGCUUGCAAACAUUUAUUCUCUUUAGGAUACCCGCUAUCUUUAAGGCACCCUGUUAGGAUUGAUGGGACGAAAUCAGUGUCACAUGGUUUUGUUUGUCUGGGGGGCGAAUCGUCAAUAGGAGUAAUAGCGGUCGAGUUUGUUUCUUCCCCUUGAAUGAGACAACCAUUUCAGUCUUGUUAUUGCUACUGCAUCCAAAAAAGUGACAAUGAUCACUUCUAUCCAUAAUAGGCUAUUUGCACUAAGAGGUCACGUGCCAAUGCUUCCUUUAAACAAUGAGUUGGAAUCUUGCUGAUGCCAAAAAUUGACCGAGCUCAUAAAAAUUAACUUACACCCGAAAUUUGGGAGGAAACACAUUUAAGGGAGAUAUUUUAUGGCACUUUGAUUUUUCAACAAAAUAGUUUGAUUUGUAUUGGCCGCCAUGUUGGAGGGCAUAGUCUUGCCCUCCAACAUGGCGGCCAAAACUACUUUUUGUGUAUAUAUUGUUAAACGUUUGAUAGUUACGUUCAGAUGUCCUGUAAACGUUACCACGUCAUCUUUUCAACAUUUUUCUUGAAGUUUAAGUGCAAAAUUUGUGUUCAGAAGGAGAUAAUUCAUCAUUUUAAAAAUCAAAUUUUGGUGACGUGACCAGUUACGAACUUACCCAGAUUAAGAAAAUGGUGCGGGUUUGAAAAACCAAAUCACUAUUUUUUUGUUUAGGAUAUGACCCACUAAUCGUUUUUCGAAGGCAAAAUCUUAUAACUUUCAUUUUCAUAAAAAUGAUGUCACAUGACCUCUUAGUGCAAAUGGCCUAUUUGCCAUUAUCGUCCUUAAGGUUAUAAGUUCUGUACUUUCUGUUGAGUGUCUUAUUACUUGUUUGCGCCCUGAGAAACCACGUGACAUUACUUUUAUCUCAUCAGUCCCUAAGGGCGUGCAAAGAUAGCGGGUAUGGUGGAUAUGGACUAUUCAUUCGUUUUUAAUUAGCUGAACUUGAAGCAAAGAAAGAUUCUCAGUCACGAUUUUGUCGUGUAUUUUGAUUUAUUGGCACGGACGUAUUAGUCAAUUCUCAUUGGCAAGCAAUGUUUGCUGCAUAAUUUUUAAUUAACUUGUGGAUUACAUGUAGCGUAAGGUACAAGUUAUUGUGGGCACUGCGACAUGCAAAUGUGUCGCUCAGGUGUGGACGUUUUCGUAAUUAGUUGGCUUGGCACGAAAGCACGCGAUAUCAAAACGACAACUGUCGUAGGUCGAUCGUUCCCAAACGAAGUGUUGAGCGUGCAUUGUACCCAGAGCUUUUGAUGUUAUGAUUUUGUACCUUUCACACUGACAGGACGAUAAGUUGUCUUCGUGUGGACUUUUAAUGUUUCUAAUUAGCACUAUGGCCAACGUUGAGCCAGAAGUUUAUGAACUUUUGAAGCUUUUUGACUUGCCAGGCUAG